CUAUGUUGCAGGAUAUGAUUCUUCGAGAGUGCAUUAUCGGCACUUCGGCGACGCGGUGCUUAUUACUUCACACUCUAGUCCGCAGAGUCCCAAUUGGAGUUCAAGUCGGUCACCAAGAUCGGCGACCGAGUUCUUAGGAACCCUGCAUCUAUCAUUCAGGAGCAAGGUGACAGGAGUCCU